GCUCCCGCACUCUGCGAGUGCACAGCGCGGUGAGAGGCAGCCCUUCCUGUGGAUUAGCCCCUCACUUUGCACAUCCCACACAGAAGGACGAGCUUGGCGGGACGCACAGACUCUCCCCCCUCUCACCUCCCCCUCCACAACCGCCCACCCUCCCACCCCGCCAAUUCCUGAGGAAUAUUCGUCUGGGACCUCAGUGCAGCUCUGGUUGGCUGUCGUAUUCAAUAGUGAACUAUUCUGGACAAUGUCUUCGAUGCAAGGGAAUUGGAUGUUUCACUUUUUGUUCUUUCUUUCCAUUUCAAAGCAGUUUUCAGCAGCCGUGACUGAGAACAGUACAGGGAAUGCACCAGUGGAAUUGUACCAUGGACUUGGCUUCACCAGGCAAAAAAUAAUGACUGCACAGUAUGAAUGUUACCAAAAGAUUAUGCAGGCUCCUCUGCACAAAGAAAAUGAGACAAGAACCACCUGUGACAGGACUUGGGAUGGGUGGCUAUGCUGGGAAGAUACUCCUCCAGGGUCAGUGGCUGUCCAGCAUUGCCCAGAUUACUUCCAAGACUUCGAUCCAUCAGAAAAAGUUAUAAAGAUUUGCGAUGAAAGUGGAAAAUGGUUUCGACACCCAAUGAGUAACAGAACGUGGACAAAUUACACUCAGUGUAAUGCAUAUACAAAGGAAAAGCUAAAGACUGCAUUGAACUUAUUGUACUUGGCUGUGAUUGGGCAUGGAUUGUCAGUAGCGUCAUUGCUGAUUUCUCUUGGCAUAUUCUUUUAUUUCAAGAGUUUAAGUUGCCAGAGGAUAACGCUUCAUAAAAAUCUAUUCUUCUCAUUUGUUUGUAACUCCAUCAUCACCAUCAUCUGGCUAACAGUCAUUGCAAAUAAUCAGAAACUUGUUGCAAGUAAUCCGAUCAGCUGUAAAGUGUCGCAGUUUCUUCAUUUGUACUUAAUGGGCUGCAAUUACUUCUGGAUGUUGUGCGAAGGUAUUUACCUUCAUACGCUGAUCGUUGUUGCCGUCUUUGCUGAGAAACAACACUUGCUGUGGUAUUAUCUUCUCGGUUGGGGAUUCCCACUUAUUCCAGCCACAAUACAUGCAAUAGCCAGAAGUUUAUAUUACAACGAUAAUUGCUGGAUUAGUUCUGAAACACAUCUGCUGUACAUAAUUCAUGGCCCUAUUUGUGCUGCCUUACUGGUAAACUUGUUUUUCUUGCUGAACAUUGUCCGUGUCCUUAUAACAAAGUUAAAAGUCACACACAGAACAGAAUCAAACCUUUACAUGAAGGCGGUCAGGGCUACCCUGAUAUUAGUUCCAUUGCUUGGAAUCCAGUUUGUGCUGGUUCCAUGGAAGCCAGAGGGCCGAAUAGCUGAAGAAGUCUAUGAUUAUGUGAUGCAUAUUUUAAUGCAUUAUCAGGGCCUACUGGUGGCAACAAUAUUUUGCUUCUUCAAUGGAGAGGUUCAAGCUAUUUUAAGACGUCACUGGAUGCAGUACAACAUUCAGUUUGGAAAUAGCCUGACUCACUCAGAGGGCUUGCGUUCUACCUCUUGCACCGGAACUUCUAUUACAGAAGUACAUGGAGGUCUGUAUAAUCAUGAAUCCAAUAGUGAAUAUGUAAAUGGAAAAAGUUUUCAUGACAUUGAAGUCAUCAGUCUGAAAACAGGGGAAAUAUGCACCUAAAGGACAACUAAGAGCGCCUGUUAUUGUUGAAGAUUUCAGUGACAGUGAAUGUCCUCCUUUCACUUUAAUGGAAGAGUUCAGCUAAGUCUGCACUGAAAAUUAUUUCCAUCAUCAAAUGCCGCUCUGUUACUUCCCAAACACUUACUUCACAUGAGAUGAAGUGAAGGACAUGACGAAUAUAUCCGUGGCCUGUGACACAGUUGGAAGAAAGUAACCUCCUCUGAAACAAGAGACUUGGAAAUAUUCUUGUAUUUCUGGUCUUCUGAUCACUGUCUCAAACUGUCAGGCAGUGAAGGUAGGUGCAAUAGUAGACUCUAAUUCCGCAGGAAAAUGGUCUUUGUCACGUUGAUAAACUAAUAUCCUGGUUACUGUACAAUCAUUCACUUGUGCCAACACAGGUCGAGUAUCCUUUAUCCGAAAUCUUUGAUGCCCAUCACGUUUCGGAUUUUAGAUAAUUUCGGCUUUUGGAUACCACAUACAGGACUUACAUUACAAUAGCCUGAACCUAGGCUAACUAUAGUCUAAAUUAAAUAAAAUGGCUAGAAAAGUAAGAUGUAUCACUGAACAAUAAAUACAGGGUAUUUGUAAUAAGUUCCCAUGGCACCAUCUGCGACUCUGUGACACUUGUGUUGAGUGCAGACUAGCAACUAGACUUCACACGCUAAAGAUCAGGUGCAGUCAGCAAGAUUUGUGUCGGUUCAGGUCAGGAACUUUUCACACUAAAGGUCGGAUGCAGUCAGCGAGGUUCGUGUUGGCUUGGGUCAUGUCGGCUCGGGUCAGGGAUUUCUCAUGCUAAAGGUCGAUGAGUUUCAAAAAAUGUGCAGUUUUGGAUGUGUUCAGUUUUUGGAUUUACAGAUAAAAGGAUACUCAACCUGUAUUGUUAUACAGCUUACUGAUUCAAAUCUCUGUGUGUGGUGUUUCACUGGUGAAGAGAAAGAAAAUUUUCUAAACAUUCCCUCAGGGUUUAAGUUCACUGCCCUAAUGAUAUAUUAGUUUUACAUUUUCUAUAUUUUAUAUAAAGCAAGCUCUUAUAAUUAUCAUAUAAGAAAACACUUACAUAACUAUCUUGCAGUAUUGAAUUUUUGAAUGUCAUAAUGCUGGAAAAUAAAAUAGUAACCAAUUAUUGUAACUUUGUUUUCUCUGUAAAUAUGAUUUGUGAAGUUUUGGUGUAUUUAUUGCUUGGGUAGUAAAAGUAGUAAGAAAAUAUGGAAAGUAUUUUCUUUACUUUGUUAGCUGUAAAGCGCUUUGAGAUGCCCAGAGGUCAUGAAAAGCACUCUAUAAAUGUACGUCCUUCUUUUGCCUUCUGCUGUUUUCUGGUAAUGAAGCAAUAUUACAUUUUU